UCCUAUGUAGUAACCAUGUCUUCGUUAUAUAAACCACCAUUGCCUAUGUUGUUUCCUCACACAAUCUACUUACAAAACAAUUCAUCUAAUCAAAUUCCUCCAUCAUCAACAAUGGCCACUUCAACCAACGUUUUGAGUUCCUUCGUUAACCCUACUGCUAUCGCCACCACCCCAAAAUCGUUUCUAACACCCCCAUCUUCUUUCACACCUUUCUCUUCAUCAAACUCAUCUCUCGUAAAGAGCCUCAAGAUGAACGCAGUCCCUAAGAAGUCCUUUACUUGCAAAAGUCAAGUUAGCGACCACGUCAACACCGAAAAUGCUCAAGAAUUGUCUGUGUAUGAACUCAACGAGAGAGACCGUGGCAGCCCUGCUUAUUUGAGAUUAAGCAACAAGAGUGUUAACACUCUUGGUGAUUUAGUUCCUUUCAGCAACAAAUUGUACACUGGUGACCUACAAAAGCGUAUUGGAAUAUCAGCUGGAAUAUGCAUAUUGAUUCAACACAAUGAAGAAAGGAAAGGUGAUAGAUAUGAAGCAAUCUACAGUCUUCACUUUGGAAACUAUGGUCACUUAGCAGUUCAAGGACCAUACCUUACUUAUGAGGACACAUACCUAGCAGUGACUGGUGGUUCUGGAAUAUUUGAAGGUGUUAGUGGACAAGUGAAGUUGCAUCAAAUUGUUUUUCCGUUUAAGAUUCUUUAUACAUUCUAUUUGAAGGGUAUUAAGCCUUUGCCUCAAGAGCUUCUUGGUCAACAUGUUGAGCCUCAUAUUGGUGUUGAAGCUUCUGCUGCUGCUAAGGCUCUUCAGCCUCAUGCUGUCAUUCCUGGGUUUAAUAAUAACUAGGAGAUUUAAGUGGUGGGUUAGUUUAAUGGAGGAAUAAUAAGUGGGUUGAUGAUGGAUUUUUGUAAUGGAGAUUUUUUGUAGUGUUUGGCAUUAGUAUUUGUUUGACCAAAUAUGGGUAAAGUUUGAGUUUGAACUAUAAAUUAAUAUUUUAGUAUUUAUUUGCUA